CACAAUAUCGACUCGCAUGCAUUACGCGACAUUACUGUUCGAUAGCGAGAAUGUACAAAGUCAAAGAAAAGUACACCAAUAUACUCUACACUCACACCCUGCCGAAUCUUUCCAUCGAUCAUGUCCAACACACCUGAGAUUUACCCAUGCUUCGAGCCGAAGACCAGCACAUGGCAAUAUAUUGUUGCCGAUCCGCAGACCCGCGAAGCUGUCAUAAUCGACUCCGUCCUCGACUUCGAUCCAGCCUCCAACAGUUUAAGCACCGCCACAGCCGACUCGCUCUUGUCCAUCAUCGAUGAACAGAAAUAUUCGGUUACGCGAAUUCUCGAGACUCAUGUACAUGCGGACCACCUCACGGCUUCUCGGUACCUGCAACAACAGCUUAUUAAUCGUGGGCAGCCCCGUGCCGAUGUCUGCAUCGGCAAGAGAAUCCAACUCGUGCAGCACACACUAGCGGCUCGCUAUAGCAUCAGCUCACCUGAAUUGGAGUCCGCUUUUGAUUACUUGUUCGACGACGACGAGCGGUUUUCCAUCGGCAGCAUCGAGGCCUAUGUGCUACACCUUCCAGGUCACACACCAGACCACGUUGGCUACGUAAUCGGCGAAAGCGUCUUCACCGGAGACUCUAUUUUUAAUCCCGACGUAGGCUCGGCGCGUUGCGACUUUCCGGGUGGCUCGGCGCAUGCACUCUUCUGCUCUAUGCAGAAGCUACUUUCUUUGCCGCCGGAUUAUCGUCUUUACACAGGACACGACUACCCGCCUGAAGCGCGUGCACUGUCGGAGCACGGUCAGAAGUGGAAAGCAUAUACAACGGUGAAGGAACAGAAUUUAACGAACAAGCACGUCAGAAAUGGUGUUUCAGAAGACCAAUUCGUUACAUGGAGGACGGAGAGGGAUGUUGCGCUCUCUGAACCGCGCUUGCUACAUCAAUCCCUUCAGGUCAAUAUCCGUGGUGGCCGCUUGCCGCGGAGAAAUACAGAGGGAUAUAGGUUUCUCAUCAUUCCAUUGAAGGUCCCUGAGUCUUUGGACUAGGUGAGUGUCUUCGUAGUAG